AAGCAAUGGAAUGGCAGAAGGUCUCCGCCAUCCCCCGCUUUUCGGAAAAAGCCGGAGGAGCAGAACACUGAACACAGAACUCUCUCUCUCUCUCUCUUUCUCUCUCUACGCCUGAGCGUUCUUUGCUCGACCUUCGGGUUUCCAUUAGUCCACCUGCUCCUGGGGGACCCCGCUGCUCCCUCCCCUCUCUCUCUCUCUCUCAUCAAACAAAAAACAAAACCAAAAAACGAACCGUAAUCCGAAAAACACAAAAAAUAGAAAAAUUUCAAUUCACGAGAGAAAAGGCGAUCUCUCUCCCUCUGCUUUUGUCCAUCAUGAUUAUCCGUUACAAUAUAUUUUCAUUUUUUGCAUUAUUGUAGCUAGAAAGGAUGAUGAGUUCGGACCGAGAUUUCGACUUCUAUUGAUUCGGAAUAGUGCCAUGCCUAUCCGCAACGCUGAUGCUUCUCACUGUUCUCAGGGAGAAGGGGGCUUUCCACUGCCUCCAGUUGGCAAUGAUAACCAAGCCCAGCAGUGUCGCGGUGGAAAUAAGGUGUACAAAACUGGGCCUAUGUUUAUAUCAUCCAAAGUUGGCAUUGGAUGGACAACUUGGAAGAAAAGAUGGUUCAUUUUAACUCGUACUUCAUUGGUUUUCUUUAGAAGUGAUCCUACUGUUGCUCCUAAAAAGGGGGGUGAAGUAAAUUUAACACUUGGAGGCAUUGAUCUCAACAGUUCAGGCAGUGUGGUGGUCAAAGAAGAUAAGAAACUGUUGACUAUUCUCUUUCCUGAUGGUCGUGAUGGGCGUGCUUUCACACUAAAGGCUGAAACAUUAGAAGACUUGCUUGAGUGGAAGGCUGCACUAGAAGAAGCUUUAGCAAAUGCACCUAAUGCUGCUCUUGUAAUGGGACAAAAUGGAAUGUUCAGGAAUGAUCAGGGGAAUGCACUUGAUGCUUCAGACCAAUCUAAGGAUAGACUGCCGGUAAAAUCAUUAGUAAUUGGUCGGCCAAUUUUACUUGCUUUGGAAGAUAUUGAUGGAACUGCGUCAUUUUUGGAGAAAGCCCUUAGAUUUGUAGAAGAGUAUGGAGUUAGAGUUGAAGGAAUCUUGCGGCAAGCUGCAGAUGUGGAUGACGUUGAGCGUCGAAUCCAAGAAUACGAACAGGGUAAAAGAGAGUUUUCUCCAGAUGAGGAUGCACAUGUUAUAGCUGAUUGUGUGAAGUAUAUCCUCCGGGAGUUACCAUCGUCUCCUGUUCCUGCAUCUUGCUGCAAAGCCCUUUUAGAAGCUCACCGAACUGCGGCUGGCUUGAGAGUUAAUGCUAUGCAUAAUGCAAUAUUGGAGACAUUUCCUGAGCCAAAUCGUCGCUUAUUGCAAAGAAUUCUCACAAUGAUGCAAAAAGUGGCUUCUCACAAGAAUGAGAAUCGAAUGGGCAUUUCAGCUGUGGCUGCUUGCAUGGCACCUUUACUUCUUCGGCCCCUGCUAUCUGGAGAAUGUGAACUUGAACCUAACUUUGACAUGGGCGACGAUGGUUCUGUUCUACUUCUUCGGGCAGCUGCUGCAGCAAACCAUGCUCAGGCUAUUGUUAUAACUUUGCUGGAAGAGUAUACUAAUCUAUUUAGGGAAGGCUCUGUGUCACCUGAAUUAUACUCUGACUCAGAUGGUACUGAUGAUGAAGAACUUAGCAAUGAUGAAAGCUACAAUGAUGAUGUGGGAUCUGAUGCAGGUUUUGAUGAUGAUUCUGGUCAUGCAUCUACUGUCGCUACCAGUGAGACUGGUGAAAAUGAAGGUGCUAACAAGGUCUCUAGGGGUUCUAAUUCCAGUUUUGAGUCUCUUGAAGUUAACAAGAACGUAUCAAAAGGUCUCCCUCAAAUUUCUGUUCAACACGAAGGGACAGACUGUGCUCUAAAUCAUAGUAGCCAUAUGUCUACGAUGCCAGCAAAUGAAUCCCGUGAUUUAUUAGGAGAACCUGCUGAAGCAUCUACUUCUCAACGAUCCGUAGAUGUCUCUAAUGCCCCUGGGCACACUGUUCGUCGGCCUGCUGUCCGGGUGCGUGCUCGUGGCAUUAACCUUCCCUUGGAAUCCAUUGAUUUCAACAUUGAGGAAGACCCCGAAAUUCAGAGGCUGGAGGCCACCAAAAUAGACUUGGAAAAUAAAAUUGCCGAGGAGGCUAAGGGGAACACACUUCUGAAAGAGAGCUUGGCAAAACGAAAGAAUGCUUUGCAUGAACGGCGCCUAGCUCUUCAGCAAGAUGUGGCAAGGCUUCAGGAACAGUUUCAGAAAGAACGAGAGUUGAGGAUGGUACUGGAAGCUGAACUUAAGAAUUCUCAACGACCAUUGGCCAUUUCUUCCAGUAUUGAUGAAUCAACUAAAACAGAGCUUGAGGAGAUUGCUCAAGGAGAGACAGAUGUUAGCAAUUUAAAACAGAGAGCCGAUGAUCUUGGAACACAACUUAAUAAACAACGUGAACAAAUUUCCAAAGUUCACACUGAUACAGGCAGUCAACCACAGCAAACUCAUCAAGGAAAACCCAGGGAUAAAAACAGGGAUGCGGAUACCCAUCCUACUUCACAAGCUCAAGAGAAGCCAGUGAGAAGUAAGCAUGAUACUUCCUUGAACAAGGCUGACGGUGACAGAGACAAGAAAAAUGAAUCUCAGUCAUCAGUGAAUAAACAGAGCAAGCAAUCAGAUCCUAUGCGCAAUCCCAACACUUCUGGGGCUCUGAUUGUUUUUGAACCAAAUGCAGCUAGGGCUGCGGCUAGCUCCAGAAAAUCUGGCUCAAGGACUGAGGGAGCUAAUCCUUCUUCUGCACUGUCAAAGCUAACAAAUCGGCUCAAUUUCCUGAAGGAGCGUCGCACUCAACUUGCAAAUGAGCUCCUAAACUCGGAGAAAAGCCUGAAUUCUUGUCAAACUGGGGGAAUUCCUGAAAAGAAAGGAUCAGAUCCUAUACACUCCUCCCAGAACAUGUCUGAAAACCAAUCAUCAGAAAAAAAUAAAGGAUCAGAGAGCUUGCAAGCAGCAUAUGCUACAGAUGGUCAAUCUGUCCAGAAUCCAGAUAGAGGAAAGAGAUAAAAUGAAAUUUAUUACACGGAUGGAACUUCACCAAAUCAGAAGAUAGGAGGCUGAAACACACUCCAUCCUGGGACAUCUUCCACAAUAUACAUGUUUGUAUCUGGACCUCUGUUUUCUAGCAAUGUGCUGCAUGGUUAUCCAAUCAAUUUUGCAGUCCAGAUUUAGAUGGUGAGCACUGAGCAAGGUUUAAGACAUAGAUGAGUAACCCUUGUCAGAGUCAAAACCGAGAAACGAACUCAGCUUGUUCAGCAUCAUGUCUCAUCAGGAGGAAGUUAAAUGGCUUGAAACGUUGAUAGCUAUGUUGCUGACAACAAAUUUGGGUACUACUGUAUAUAUAUAAGUUAAAAGUACUUAAACAUUAAUGGUAGCUUAAAAUAGCUAAUAAUCUAAUUGUUUUGCUGUUGGUAGGCCAUUAACGUUGAAAGAUCAAGAAAAGUUUGCUUUAUGUGUA